AUGGCACAAACGCCCAAGAGUGUGCAUGAAUUUCCCCCGCAGGUCACAGUGGCACUACUGAAGGAAAACAUCUCCCUGCCUGAGGACAUUCUCCAAGCUGUUAACAAUAGUAUCGAGCUAAAAUGCCUGAUUAAAUCGCAUUUAGAGGAAUUGGAGGAGGUCUCCGACUUGUACUGCGCCACCGUCUUCGACACAAUUCUGUGCUGGCCACGCACGAAGCGAGGCACUUGGGCCACUCUUCCGUGCCUCAAGGAAUUUCAAGGCAUUCGCUACGACACGAGGCAGAAUGCCACCCGCUAUUGUCAGCUCAACGGAGAGUGGGAUAAUUACACGAAUUACAAUCAAUGCCACCAUGUGCCCGUGUCGUCGUCCAUGCAGGAGGAGUUUGAGUUGAGCGUGGAACUCCCAACGAUUAUCUACUAUGUGGGCUACACAAUAAGUCUGAUCUCCUUGCUCCUUGCCGUGCUCAUUUUCGUUCACUUUAGAGACCUUCGGUGUCUCCGGAACACCAUUCAUGCCAAUCUCUUCACAUCCUACAUCAUGAGUGCUCUUCUUUGGAUGCUAACUCUGUCGCUUCAGAUUUCCUCACCUCAACAAGGUCUGACUGAGUGCAUUUUCCUCGUCACGAUUUUUCACUACUUCAGCCUCACGAAUUUCUUCUGGAUGCUGGUUGAAGGCUUUUAUCUGUACGUGCUCGUGAUCGAGUCAUUCUCCCGGGAUAGACUCAAGUUCAACGCUUACGCCGCGAUCGGCUGGGGAGCUCCGGCACUCUUUGUGAUCACUUGGGCAGUGGUCAAGGGGAUUGCGAGCAAUUCUCACGCGCUGCAAGUGGCGCCCAACAACAAGCUCGAGAUCGACUGCACGUGGAUGAGGGAGUCGAAGAUAGACUAUAUUUUCCAGGUGCCAGCAUGCUUGGUUCUCCUCAUCAACUGCAUCUUCCUAUCGCGAAUUAUGUGGGUCCUAAUAACGAAACUCCGCUCCGCAACGACGGUGGAGACGCGUCAGUACAGGAAGGCAUCCAAGGCCCUCUUGGUGCUCACGCCACUCUUAGGCAUCACUUAUCUGGUGGUGCUGGCGGGUCCCAACGACGACGGCGUGGCCGGCUACGUCUUCGCCAUCGUGCGUUCUCUCCUGCUCAGCACUCAGGGUCUGUCCGUGUCACUCCUGUACUGCUUCCUCAACUUCGAGGUGCGCCUGGCGCUCCGGAAUCGCUUCGCGCGCUGGAAAGAUCAACGCAAUAUCCAACGCAGUCAAGCUAAUCGCCAAAGCUUGCGGUAUGUUUGAAACUGUGUCGCAGGAGUCAUCAGUCACCUGUUAUCUUCUUUGACAAUUUAUCAAAAAAAAAAUUAAGAGAACAAUGGAAUGA